AUGGCUUUCAACUUCAACUGGUCGCCGCUCAUCGCGGAUACGUCGAGAGCGCGCGACAUGCUGACGACCGCCUUGAAUAAAGGCCCCAAGCCGCCCAUCAUCGUCGACGACAUCACCGUCACCGAGCUGAACCUGGGCUCGACUCCGCCCGAGCUGGAGAUACUAGAGAUUGGAGAUCUGGCUGAAGAUCGGUUCCGGGGCAUCUUCAAGAUGACGUAUACGGGCGAUGCCUUCCUGACGCUCAAGACGAAGGUCCAGGCCAACCCACUCAAUACAUAUCUCUCCACCAAGCCCGAUUUCGCAUCACCGGAACCUCUCGCUGCAUCAGCUGGGUUGACGAUACCGCUGCAAAUCACGCUGUCGGAUAUUAGGCUGUCGGGGUUCGUCAUAUUGGUGUUUUCGAAGCAAAAGGGCAUUACCCUCGUAUUCCGGAACGAUCCGUUAGAAUCGUUGAAGGUCUCAUCGACUUUCGACUCGAUACCGUUUAUCAAGAACUACCUCCAGAAGGAAAUUGAAGGCCAAUUACGUGUGCUCUUCAUGGAAGACUUGCCGGCCAUCAUCCAUCGGUUAUCGCUACGGUUAUGGUCACCCGAAUUCCAAGAGCUCGAUGCAGAGACGGAAGAAAGAUUAGACAGCUCAAAGAGCACUAUUGCUCCUAUCGAUCCUCUGUCCAGCCCACCGCAAGACGCCGUGGAUGAGUUCGGCAACCCGAUCGAUGCAUCGCAAAUGGCGACACUUGCGCUCGACUCUGCUUCGGAGAUACACGCUUCUUUCUCACAAAAGAACAUGCUGCGACUCGCGGCACUAUCGCAGUCUCAACAAACACUAUCCCUUUUCACUCCAAAUAUCCGCGAAGCCGUCUUCCGCGCCUGGGCAAGCAACCCCGAGCGUCCAGACUCCGGCACCUCAACACCCGCACUUACCCAGUCGAGCCUGUCCAGGAUACAGUCUACAUUCGCCAGCGUCAAGUCGAAUGCCUCGUCUGUUGCCUCAGGUAGCACAGGACAAGAUACAAAUGCUUCGCGACCCACCAUGUCCUCAAACUACUCCUCCGCCGCAGGUUUGAGUCUUGGUGCCAACCGAUCCCGCGGCCACCAAAUGCGCAAGCGCAAGAAGCGCGUGGUCGACCUCCGAAAGAACCGCGAUGGGGCGGAAUCCUCCGGCCUCUCCACCGAAGCCAACACUCCGCUCCCCAGCACCACCGUGUCGGAAACCGCCAGCGUCAUCCCCGAAGAGCGCGAGCGAGAAGAAGUGCCCAUCGCAUCAACGCCACCAAGGACACCUUCCAAAGCUACGCACGGCAGCCUCGACGCCGGCGAACCAAGCCGACUUCGCGAAACGGAAACGUCCGCCCCAACCGACGGCCUUCUCCCACCCGCUCCGCUCCUGUCCCUCCCACCCAAAUCAAAGGCGAAGCAAAUGGCUUCCACGCCUGUUCACCACCUCGUCGAGACCGAACAGCAAGAAAAACGCUCCUCCCGCCCUCCACUCUCCCACAACCGCCUCCGCUCCACACAACAGGCUUCCUCCCCACUCCUGCGCUCCCUCUCCUUCGACAAAGUAUCCUCGCUCUCCGCUGCGCAUAACAAGGGCCCGCUCUCGCCCCCUUACUCGGAGAGCACGACGAGCUCCUCGGGCGGCAUCCUCGAGCAAGCCUGGAUGCUCAAGAUGGCGCAGGAAAUCGCGAAGAAAGUGCGUGAGGAGAAGGACAGGAGUAGGAGUCCGAGUCCGCCGCAGGGUGGGCGGUCGUCGAAGAGGUCACAGGGGCUGUGGGAAGCAGAGGAGAUGAUGGAGGCGCCGCCGGCGUAUGUUGCGUGA